GAAACACAGCUAUUAUAGAUAACAUACUCGAAAAGUCGUCGUAAACUCGUAACUCGUGGUAAAACCAUUAAUCGUAGACACGAAUAGAAUAGUUUUUGAAUAUAAUAUAUUAUUAUUUAUUAUUAUAGUGAUGUGUUCAUGGCCAGAAAUCUAACUUCAAAAAAUUUCUUGUGUACAUAAGUUAAUACCAUCCAUUUUAAUACUUAGAAUAUUAUAGUAUCUAUAUAUUAUAUAUUUUAAAGAACAUUUUUAUGUUUUUUUCUUGGAAAAUCAUUUUUCAUCAAUCAUUUGUGAUAUGAAUGUGUAGGUAUUAUUAGUGUAUCUUGCUUCUAUUAAUAUCUACAAAUUCCACAUUCAAAUUCAUUGCCUGGCCUUAUACGUUGUAAUUAAUAUUAUUUACGUAUGGAAUUUGUUCAAAAUGUUAUUGUAGUUUACCAUAUGAUGUCAUUGAUAUUGUUUGUUACACCACGGUUUUAAUUGUUCAAAAGAACAAUUUUCACUUCAGUUACCAAUUUGUUUUUAAGUCAUGUUAAUGUUAAACACAAUAUUAAAUAUAAAAAUCAAUGAAGUAUAUAUAUUUGCUAUGAAUUAAGAAUUCUCAUUAGUUGAUACCAUCAAUCAUAUAAAUGUGUAUAGGUUAUAACUUAAAUAUGUAUAAUCAAAGGCAACAUUUAAUUGAUCACAAUUAUAUUCAGCGCGAUAAAGAAGAAAUUAACUUUAUAAUUGACCAUGAUUAUGCCUUACCAGUCAUUACACCAGUGCCAUGUAUUGGAAAAGAUGUUAAAGAUAAACCUGAAGAAGCCACUAUCCAAGUGCCACAUAUUGGAAAAGAUGUUAAAGAUGGCCCCGAAGAAGCCACUAUGCUAGUGCCACAUGUUGGAGAAAAUGUUAAAGAUAAACCUGAAGAAGCCACUAUGCCAGUGCCACAUAUUGGAGAAGAUGUUAAAGAUAAACCUGAAGAAGCCAUUGUUGACAUACCAACAAUUUACACAAUCCUCCCUGGCAUUCAACGCAAUACAAAAAUAUAUGUGGAUAAUUUUGGCUAUAAAUAUUAUAAGAAAAAAAAUCAUAUCAAUACCAUAACAUUAAUAUGUGAUCGCCAACGAAACCCUAGUAAACCUAUAUGUUAUGGUAUAGCAUCAAUUAGUAUAGAUGCAACGGAUAAUCGAAUUUCUAUUCGAACUCCUCAUAACCACGAGCCUACAGUCUUUGACUUAAAUGUGCCGAUAUUGAGGUAUGCACUUACUGAAAGGGGACUCGAUCCGAAUAUUACAACAAGAUCUGUUCGGAGUAUUUAUAAUACUGAAAUAAUUUGGCACCGAGAAGCGGCUCAAAAUUACACAUAUACCCAAACUAAAGCAAGAGUAAGAAGGAUGAGAAGAUUACGAAAAUUACAAUGUUGAUUAUUGUUGUUUAUCAAUUUUAUUAGAUUUCAACAGCAUGUAAAUGAUCUCUUGAUUAUGGAUGGUGCGUGCAAAUUCCAAAGAGAAAAGAUAUAACCAGACUGAUUAAGGAAUAUGCACUAUCAGGGAGCCAGUGACUUAUUGAAGUUCUCAUGAAAAACUAUUAAUUAUAUUGAUGGUGUUAUUCAAAAAGUUCCUCCGAAUCCUCUAGCAGUAAUGUUUAUUGACUAUAACAGGCCUUUUUCUAAUAGCUUACAAGCCAUUUAUCCAUUUCAUAUACAAAGUGUUUGUUUGAGGUAUGUGCUUCCAUAAU